CUCCCCCCUCCUCCCACCUUAUCAGACCUAAAGCACGGGGACACCACCUCCCCAACCCUCUGGUACCGCAUCCACGUCCUCCUGCACGACCUGAGCAAUUUCAACCACCCCGCAUCGCAGAAGCGGCUGGGCAAAGUGGCCGACCCGUACUACAUCGGGAAGCCCUACUUCACCUGGGACGAGGCCCAGCUGAUCAAGCGCACCAGCGCGAGCGGCGUGCACGGCCGGACGGUGGAGCAGGUGGUCGGGGAGAAACUCCGGGAGAAGCUCGAGCGCCUCCACCGCAAGAAGCGGCCGAUGAGUAGUGGGGGGGAUGAGCUCCGGGUCUGCGCCGCGCAUGACCUCGCGCCCAUCAUCGCCCGGUUGCUGCAGAUUGACCUGAAGGUGCUGGGGAGGGACGAGCAGUUUGCCAGGUUGGUCGAGGAGCAUGGGUUGUACCUUGAGGGGGAUAAUUGGGUGGGAUUGAAGAAGAGGACGUUUGGUUCGAGGAAGAAGAGGAAGUGA